GAACUCUGACGGUAAUUCUGAUUUGCAUGAAGAAAUUGUUGCUCGCUUGACAACAAUGUUAGACGAGCACAAUGAACUGGUUAAGUCGUUUCGUAUGGCUAAGGAAAGAAUUCAACAUCACGGCCAAAAUGAUCUCAAGAUUCGUCUAAUUGGAAGGAGAUAUAGUGAUGGGAGAUGUUAUAAUUUGCCUACAAGUUCUGAAGUUGCUGCAUUGGUCGUUGGAGACUUUGAUCAAGCAAUGGGUGAAAGGGAUAUAUUGGUUGAAACCAAAAGUGGACGCCUACAGAGGAUCAAUGAACUUAAUGCUUCUUAUUUGGCUUUACAAUAUCCUCUAUUGUUGCCAUAUGGAGAGGAUGGGUACAGAGAAGAUAUACCAUUUUCUGAUCUGAAAGAAGUAAAAGAGGAUGGUCGAACAACUGUGAGUAUCAGAGAAUAUUUUGCUUAUCGGAUCCACGAUAGAAAUCACGAACCAUCAACUAUUCUUUCGGCCAGGAGACUGUUUCAACAAUUUAUUGUUGAUGCAUAUACCAUGGUUGAAUCAUCGAGAUUGAGAUAUAUCCGCUUCAAUCAAUCUCGGUUACGGUGCGACAUGUACAAUGGGUUGGCGGAUGCUGUUCUUCGUGGUGAUAUCGAUCCAGGAUCUAGAGGAAAGAGAAUAAUUCUACCUUCUUCUUUCACUGGAGGGGCUCGAAAUAUGAUUCAGAACUAUCAGGAUGCAAUGGCGAUAUGUAGAUGGGCAGGUUAUCCAGAUCUGUUUAUAACAUUCACAUGCAACCCAAAGUGGCCAGAGAUCCUUCGUUUUUUAGGCCCAAGGAACUUACGUCCUGAGGAUCGUCCCGAUAUCGUUUGUAGGGUUUUUAGAUCAAAAUUAAAGCAGCUGAUAAAGGAUUUUCGUCACAAUCAAAUGUUUGGUAAAGAACACAUGAUCCACGGCCCGUGCGGAUUGGCCAGAAAGCAAUCUCCGUGCAUGGUUGACGGGAAAUGUAGUAAACGUUUUCCAAAAGCAUUUCUUGAAUUCACGUCUGUUGAUGAUGAAGGCUAUCCGCGUUACAGACGUCGGGACAAUGGAAGGCAUAUAGAGAAAAAUGGUGUAGUUGUCCAUAACGGUUUUGUCGUGCCCCACAAUCGUAAAUUGUUGAUGAAGUAUGGUGCUCACAUAAAUGUUGAGUGGUGCAAUCAGUCCCGGUCCAUCAAGUACCUCUUCAAAUAUGUCAAUAAAGGCAAUGAUCGUGUCACCGCAUCGUUUUAUCAGUCGACUGGAGACGGAGAGCCUGAAAAGCCUGUUGACGAGAUUAACAUGUUCUAUGACUGUAGAUAUGUUUCUUCGUGUGAGGCGGCUUGGAGGUUAUUGGGUUAUGAACUUCAGUAUAAAAAACCUCCCGUACAACGUUUGAGUUUCCACUUGAAAGGCGAACAAUAUGUUAUUUUUGAGGAUGAAGAUCGAAUUGAUGAGGUUAUUAAAAAACCCACUGUAAAUGAGAGUCAAUUUUUGGCAUGGAUGGAAGCGAACAAGAUAUAUCCUGAGGCGAGGGAGCUUACUUAUGUCGAGGCACCAUCGAAAUUUGUUUGGAACACAACUUUGAGAGAGUGGACUCCUCGAAUCAGAGAAGGUGCUAUAGCCCGUCUGCGCUAUGUCCCUCCGAACGCUGGCGAUAAUUUCUAUUUGAGGUGUUUGGUUAAUGUAAUACGCGGAGCAACUUGCCACGAGGAUUAUAUGAAGGUCGACAACGUUCAAUAUUCGUCGUAUCGUGAUGCUUGCCAUGCACUAGGUUUGUUGGGUGACGAUCGUGAGUACGUUGAUGGCAUAUCCGAGGCAAGUCAUUGGGCAUCUGCUGAUUCUCUCCGACGUAUGUUUGCGACGUUGUUGGUAUCGGGUUCGUUAGGUAGGCCCGAGCACGUCUGGGAAACGUGUGUGGAUUUUCUCUCUGAUGACAUCAUCUAUAGACAAC